GCGCGCUGUUUGUCUGGAGUCAGAAAGUAUCGAGUCAGUGUAACUUCCUCCAAUCAGAGCUUCAGAAAAUGAACCCCGAGCCCAGGAGCAGCUAGUGGCCUUUCUCCUGUAGAAAAGUCUGAUACAGUGUGUAAAAUAGUCUUUUUUAUACUUUUAAUAUCUGAUAAACUCAAGUAUGGCUUCAUCUUCAUCAGCCUCCUCCUCCUCUUCAUCACCGUGUCCUGCGAGUAUCGACUACGACGCGAUCCCGGCCAUCGCGCUGAACUACGGGGUGAGGAAGAGGCUGGGCCAGUACCUGAACCCCACCAACACCGUGGCCUCGGACUGGACGGACCUCGCCGAGCGGAUGGACUUCACCUACCUGGAGAUCAGGAACUACGAGCGCAGGGAGAACCCCACUCAGACCCUGCUGGAGGAGUGGCAGACCCGACCAGAGGCCACGGUGGGGAAACUGCUCACCUUCCUCGAGGAAGCGGAGAGGAAGGACAUUAUUACAGACCUGAAGAGACACAUAGAUGAGAACUGCAGGAAGUAUUUGCAGAAGCCUGUCCAAGUUCCAGUGGUGGAUAGUGGACACCAGGACCGAGGCAUCACAGUCCUUGAUAGCCACAUGCCGGAGAUGUUCGAUGCCUUUAUUUGCUACUGCAAGAGCGACAUCCAGUUUGUGCAUGAGUUGAUUAGGCAGCUGGAGCAGACGGACCACAACCUGAAGCUGUGUGUGUUCGACCGUGAUGUCCUUCCUGGUACAUGUGUGUGGUCCAUCACCAGCGAGCUCAUUGAGAACAGGUGUAAGAGAAUGGUAGUUGUCAUAUCUGAUGAUUAUCUGGACAGUGAUGACUGUGACUUCCAGACAAAGUUUGCCCUCAGCCUAUGCCCAGGGGCUCGCAGCAAACGGCUGAUCCCUGUGGUCUACAAGCCCAUGAAGAGGCCAUUUCCCAGCAUUCUUCGCUUCCUGACCGUUUGUGACUACACCAGGCCUUGUACACAGUCCUGGUUCUGGAUCCGAUUGGCUAAAGCUCUCUCCCUCCCCUGAACACCACCAAUGGUUCACAGCCUGAGACUGUAACAGUGACUGCUGGAGGACUGCAAAUAGAUUGUGAUGUUGUUUACAUGCAAGGCUUUUGAGGAUGUCUUCACCUAGACAUUCUGAACACUUUUCUGUUUCAGUGAAAUGUCAAAAGGGACAAAAAAGACACAACAGAAAAGUACUGAUCAUUUUCACUUCAUUAAAAUCCACAUUGACCCUUUUAGGAAACACUGUGACAAAUCUUAAAAUGACCACAGGUCUGUCUUGGAAUUUUGACGGUUUGAAACAGAAGAGGGAACGGAAAUGAAAACAAAGAACGAAAAGUAUUGUUUGUGGAACACUGUUACUUUCAUAUGUUCCAGUGACAACUACCUUAAAUGAGCAUUUAAGUUAAUUUAAUCCAAUUAAAGGUCAUAUAUUUAACAUUUUAAA